GGGUCCUUUCCCCCACUACUGUCCUACUUUUUCAGUGUGGGAAUAUUACCUAACUUUUCACAAGGAUCACUCAGGAGUCUUAUCAAAAUUGAUGUAAUUUAUUUACAGAUGCAGUUACAAACCCAGACCAGUACAUGAAGUCAUCCGCAAACCCAAAACUCACGGGUAACGUUUUGUGUGUCGUGGUGUAGUUUCGAGGCCACGUCGCCCGUCCGCACCAGCCAGAGUGAAUCCAAAUGGAGGAGCGAAAGACUGCGCGGUGCGGCGGUGGGGGAAGAGAGUGAAAAUGCGGAUGUCGCUUUGGAAAGAGAAAUGGUCGGAACGAGAGAGCUGCGCGCUGACUGGAAGGAGAGAGCGCGAGAGAUGGAGGCGGGGGGAAGUCUCGCUGCUCUGCGGGGACUGGAGCGCCCGUGCCCUGGACCGGCGGCGCAGUGCUGGCUAACAUUCAACCCUCCCCUUGUUCCACAACCAGUUCCACACACGCUGCGACAGGUACGGUUCACCGCCGCCUCCUCAUCUAAACCGACCGUUUGAUAAACAAGCCUUGGGUAAACUGACUGACGGAGGUAAACUACAAUGUAGUGAUUUAUUUGUGUUAUUAUGCUUGUAAACUCGUCUGAAUUUUUAAAAAAUGCCUCGUUAUAAAUCGCAUUGCCUGGCGCAGGGUACAGUACAUUCCGAGGUCGCCUUACCCCCCAUUUCCCGUCCCGAGACUCGGGGAAAAUAGUCUAUUUAAAUCUCGUUGGUCUAAUAUAAUCUUCGUCGUACACAGUAUACAUUUAAGUUUUGUACGAUCUGACCGUAAAAUCGAUUUCGAUAAGGGUACGGUGUGCAUAAACUCAGUGCGGUCGUCUUUAUUUCCGCGCCGAGUCAGGACUCCAUGAGGCUGUUGCGAGAAGAACCAGCCGCCUCUGGUUAGCCAUCAGGGAGCUCGGUUAAAUAUCUCACCGUACGGGCUCACUCGCUCUCGCACGACUUAAAACCGUGAAAAACCAAGUUCGUGAUCACGAGUAUUCUGUUUAAUCAACUACCGAGGUUUCAGGAGCACAACGGGUGAGUUCCUAUCCAUAGAGCACAUUUUUAAGAUCGUUUUUCUUUUUCGUGGCAGUGCCACUGACCUGCACCAUGCAUGUGGUUGUAGCAUGGCGGCUCUACAACAAUCGUCACGCCAGUGAGCUGCGCUCCGUUUCGGCCGUCAUUGUUUCCUUUCAUAUUGCGGGAAAUUCUACGGUUGACCCGCCACUGGAACAUUUCUCGCGUAUUUAUUUUUAUAGUACAUACUUCUAAAACUAAGAGAGCGCAUUUAGAGCCAGUGAGUUUAUUUUUCUUCUUAUUUUUUUUCCUCCAACAUAUUGAAGACCUCGCUUCCAAUCCACCGCCAUACGGUUACACACACCUCGCGUUUACCCCGUAUUCCUCGACGUCGCUUGAAAGUCGAGGUAGAAGACGGAUUUUACGGUAAGAUCAUUUUUAAAGAUACCCGAGCCAGAAGCGAUGCGUAUGUAUAAUUUGUGGGCUCAUAUGGUGUCAUUUGUAUAUAUUUAAAGAUACACUGUUUGGCGGUGGGGACGCGAAGCUAGCUUAGCUCUAGCCGUCUAGCUAGUGUAGGUCAGUCAGGUCGCUCGGCAAAUAUUAGCUGUAUUUUAUUUUAGGACAAAGAUAAAAAACACUUUAGUUAGUAGAUAUUUGUUUAAAAUAACAAGAGAUUUACUAAAGGGAACCUACGUGAACCACACCGUUAAGGCAACGUGGACGACGUGUGGUCGGCUGUAGCUAACCUGGGUUAGCUAGACACUAGUUCUACAAGUUACUUUCCCACAAAAUGUCGAUUUUGUUUGAGUAAAACUUGCGCUAUUUAAUGCAAUUUGUUGAAUUUUAAAAACCGAAUUAAUAAAAAUUCGCAUGUUUCGAAGUUGAAGGGCAUUUCUUUAAAACAAAAAUGUUAGUACUGUUCAUAUCAGAUUUGGUUCGUUUCAAUCCUACGGCUAAGCCUGUUUUAGAGCUCGACCGUGUCGGUUCAAGCGUCGCCAUUACAGAAUGAAUACUGGCAACGCCUCGCUCUGGAUAGUCAUUUUGUGACUAAUUCAGCCGGUCAAUUGCAGGCAAAAAACGGGAAAAAGGUGUUUCAGAGGACAACUGUUCCUUAACAGAUGGCGAACCAGCCAUUUCAAUAGAGGACGUAAAGGUUUUCGCUCCGUAAAACGUUCGUGUAAGGCGCGACCCAAAACCUCCAUGGCGGAAGCGAGAUCCGCGCCCCGUUGGAAGUGAGGCAGAGUCGAGUGGUGCAUUCUGUAGUCAUGUUCCCUGGCCACCUUUCCCCCCUCGUCGGAGCCCGAAAGCAGAUCCUCCGUGGUCAGCUGGUUGCCUACAGCUGCCCGCCUGCCGUCGAAACGCUCGCUUCCUCCUUCCGUAGUACCUCCCAGUAUCCACUCGUCCCGAAAAAUAUCCCAUUCGAUGCGAGAACGGGCUUCGUAGUCAAAAUGGUUGUCGCAGACAGCUGUAGCCGAACGGUUAUCGUGGGAUAAGCCUUCCAAAUCUUAGACCAGUUGACAAAAUGGAAGAUUGGACGGAUUGCCGUUCUGGCUGGUGUCGACUGCAGAGUUAUUUGAGAUUUGAAACCGUCACAAGCAAUGGGCUAUGUCUCACGAUGCAGCGUAAACGGUUAGGGGCGGUGUAAUGAACAACUAUUAUGUGUAGGGCUGGGUUUUAAUUCCGAUGUACAGAGUGAGCAGCGAUCAAUACUAGUGUUUUUUAGUUAUAAAUCGACCGUCUACAACAAGGUAGACGUUUGCAAAAAAUGAAAUAAAACGAGGUGAAUUUGGAGAAUGAACGGAGGAAUGGAUUCCACCAAUAAAGAGCAAGUCUGGGCUCAGGAUGAUUUGUUGAAACUCCUGGAUGCCAUGAAAGUGAAUCUGCCAGAGAAGGACCUGGCCAAGUACAAGACGUCAGAAGCCCAUCUGGACUGGGAGAAGGUGGCCUUUAACGCAUACUCGGCUGAGAUGUGCAAGCAGAAAUGGAACGAGGUCUCAAGAGAGAUUCGCAAAUUUCGCACUCUGACUGAGCUAAUCUUUGAUGCGCAAGAUUAUAUCAAGAAUCCCUACAAAGGCAAAAAGCUGAAGAAACACCCAGAUUUUCCCAAGAAACCACUUACUCCAUACUUCCGCUUCUUCAUGGAAAAGAGAGCAAAGUAUGCCAAACUUCACCCUGAGAUGAGCAACCUAGAUCUUACCAAGAUCCUCUCCAAGAAAUACAAGGAGCUCCCAGACCGUAAAAAGGAGAAGUAUGUCAAUGAUUUCCUCAGAGAAAAGGAAUCUUUCGUACUUAACAUGUUGAAAUUCAAGGAGGAGCAUCCGGACCUGCUGGAGAGUACGGGUAAGAAGGGCUCCAACGUGCCAGAGAAACCUAAGACCCCUCAACAGCUCUGGUACAACCACGAGAAGAAGGCUUACCUUAAAACUCACUCUGAUGCCACCACCAAAGAGAUCAAAGAUAGUCUAGGGAAGAGGUGGACGCAGCUGUCGGACAAGAAGAGGCUGAAGUGGAUCAGCAAGUCCCUGGAGCAGCAUAAGCAGUACGAGGAGAAGAUGCGGGAGUUCAUUCAGCAGCAUCCAGAGCUGAACAUGACCCAGGAAGAUAUAGUCAAGUCCACUCUGACCAAAGCAGAAAGACAGCUUAAGGACAAGUUUGAUGGUCGGCCCGAUAAACCGCCAUCUAAUGGUUACUCAAUGUUCUGUGCUGAGCUGAUGUCCAGCAUGAAGGACGUCCCGAGCACAGAGCGCAUGGUCAUGUGCAGUCAGCGCUGGAAGCAGCUCAAACAGUGUGAGAAGGACUCGUACCAGAAACGCUGCGAACAGAAAAAAAAGGAAUAUGAAGUUGACAUGAACCGAUACCUGUGUAGCAUUUCAGAGGAAGAGCAGCAGAGAAUCUUGGGAGAGCAGAAGAUGGUGGGUUUUAAAAAAGGGACUGGAGGCAGUAGCCCUGCCCCUAAAAAGAGUGUCUCUAAAGCUAAGAACAGUUCCGAGAAGCCCAAGCGACCAAUCUCCGCCAUGUUCAUCUUCUCCGAGGAGAAGCGUCCCAAGCUCCAGCAAGAGCGGCCCGACCUGUCCGACAACGAGCUCACCAGACUCCUGGCCCGCAUGUGGAAUGACCUUGCUGACAAGAAGAAGGAAAAAUAUAAGAACCUGGAGGCAGUGCUCAAAGCAGAGUCAGAGAAACGGGGGAAGGAGGAGCAGAGUAAGCUGCCGGACCCACCCAAGACUGCGCAGGAUAUUUGGCAACACAGUGUCAUUGGCGAUUACUUGGCCCGAUUUAAGAAUGACCGGCCCAAGGCACAGAAAGCUAUGGAGGCCACCUGGAACACCAUGGAGAAGAAGGAGAAGAUUGUGUGGAUUAAAAAGGCUGCAGAGGACCAGAAGCGAUAUGAGAGAGAGCUGAGUGAGAUGCGCUCCCCCACAGCUGUGGUUGCCUCAGGGAAAAAGAUGAAGUUUGAUGGAGAGCCCAAAAAACCACCAUCAAAUGGCUAUCAGAAGUUCUCCCAAGAGAUGCUAUCUAAUGGCGAGCUGAACCACCUGCCCAUGAAGGAGCGGAUGGCUGAGAUCGGCGGGCGCUGGCAGAGGCUUGUGCAGAAGGAGAAAGACCGCUACAAGAAGAUUGCAGAGGAGAAACAAAAGCAGUACAAAGUGCAGCUGGAGCAGUGGCUUGCGAGCUUAUCACCUCAAGAGAGAGCUACUUAUAAGGAAUACAAUUCCUUGAAAAGGAAGAAUGCAGGCAAAGCAGGUGCUGCCAAUGCCAAAAAGAAAGCGACGACCAAGAGCUCGGACUUGGAUGAAGAUGAGGACGAUGACGAUGAUGACGAUGACGAUGACAAGGAGUCUGAGGAGGGCUCAUCCAGCGGUGAGGACAGUGAGGAAGGAGACGAGGAUGAUGACGACGAUGACGACAAUGAUGAAAAUGAUGAUGAGGAUGAAGAGGAUGAAGAAGCUGAGGAUAAGGAGAAUAAAUCUGAGAGCAGCAGCAGUGCCUCCAGCUCGGGUGAUACAUCUGAUUCCGACUCUGACUGAGAGGGAGCUGGAGUAGAGUGAGCCCACAGACUGCCAGAGACCCUGUGAACUGAGCCAUGUCAGAGCCCUGGGCCUGCACUGCCCUCCUCCACCCAGCAGGGGGAGCUCACCACUGCAUCACCAUGUCCACUCACUGAGCAACAAUCUCUCUCUCUCUCUCUCUCUUGCUCUCGCACUCGUUCUUUUGCUUCCCUUCCCCCCCCCCCCCCUCCAGCUUCACUGAGCUUGCUUGAACAAUGUAAAGGAAGGUUGUAAAGAAUUAGUUUGAACGAGUGGAGAAAAUGCACAUGCAUAGGACUAAGGAUAUAUAUACCCCCAAUCCCCUCCCCCUAUUGCCAUUUUAACAGGGUUAAGUGUUCGGUUGGCUAACAAGCCCCCUUUAAUUUGUCAAAUUUUUAUUCAUUUCCUUUAAAAGAUCCCUGUGAUAUCACACAGUAGCUGUUAAUCAUAACAUUUAAUGUCUAAAGCCAUUAUUUCAAAGGAUAACAGAAGUGGGGACGAGGCCCUUUCUCUUCUCCAGGUCUUUUUAGGGGAGUGACAGACCCACGAGCCAAAGAAUCUCUUAGCUAGGUGGAUUCCUUUGGGGAGGUAAAGGGGACCAAAUAAUUGCACUCUGAAUGUCUUUUUCAUAUCUUCCUUUCUAUCCUUACUACUGUCAUGCAUUUCCAUUUUUUCCCUUUUAAGUCAUCGCUCCUUUUACUGUGGUGGUGUGUUUCAAUAAUUCUUUGGUUCGUAAUGUGGUAUUUUCAAAAACAGUGUAGUAAUGUUGAAUGUCAGUUAUUAUGUACACGCAACCUGCUUGUUUAUCAUGCCAUGUACAAUAGCUGCCAUCACAUAUACGGUUUGGUUUUGUUUUUGUUUUAAAAAAAAAAAAAAAACGGGAAAAAAAAAGCGAAAAAAAAGCUGGAUUUUUUUUUUGGGGGAGUUUUAAUCAUUUUCACACUAUCUGAUGGCCUGAAAUGACAGAAUUUAUUUUUGGAGUAAUAUAAAAAAACUCAACAAAAGACAUCUCAAUAAAUAUUUUUGUUCCGUCUAGAUAUGUAGUAUUCAAGAAAUCUCCACCCCAUCCCUGACUCAUUAGUUUUGAUUGUACUUGAUGUCCUUUUCUUUCAUCCAGGCUUUUCUUUUACAUCUUUUUUGAUGCUGCCUUGGAUUUUCCUUCUUUAAGACGCAUUCAAUUUGUUUUAAACGUUUGCUAAAAAUUAGACUGGUUUGUUUUUAUUGCGGUAUGAAUAUCCCCCACACUUCUGUGCACUUAUCCCUGAUAAGACCACCAGCUGGCUGUCCAGUCUGUGUUCCUCUACUUCCCUUUGCUCACCUUUUUGUAGGUUUUUCGUCAUUUCAACCACUGACAUGUUCUUAUACGCACCAGCUCAAGGAAUGUAAAAGAAUGUUUUAUUUAACGGUGAGAAAAAUCCUUUGUUGUGUAUAUAUAUGAACAGUUUUGGGUAGCUGUUUUAUUUUUUUUUUUUCCUCUUCAGUACCCUUUGACUUAAAAAAAAAUAAAAUAAAAUAAAAAAAAAAAAAGGGGAGGAAGGAUCGUCGUGGAGAGAUUAGGGAUUGCUGGUGGUUGAGCUGUCUGCUCACACCUUGGAUCACUGGUGCUUGUAUUCUCGCGGAAUUUAUAGGGGGCAGAUUUUGUAUCGGCACCCUCCAAAACAAGCCAGAGAAGGUCUUGAGUGUUUGUCUCUUGUAUCCAACUGGACGAACUUGGUUAAGAUGGGAAGGUGUAGCGGUUAUCUGUGAUAGUGGUGAGGAGCAAAAGGCAUAGGAUUUAUGACGUUCUGUGUAAAUUUGGCAGUAGAAUUAGGAAUAAUGAGAACAAUGGGAUGGAUUGGUUCACUGCUGUUGUAAGGUAUUUGUAAAUAUCGCUUUUUUUUUUUCUUUUAAGUUGAGUGAUUUAUUGCUUAAUUUGUAUUUUCUUUUGACUAGGCUGUCCCUACAUGGGACUUGCAGUGGUCAGUGUUCUGAUUUGUUUGUCAGUUACUCUGAGGAGGGAACGUUUUUAAUUUGGUAUGUUUUUAGUUUUUAUAUCCCUCAGCUGUUUAUUUGUAGAAAAUGGCAAAAAAAUUUGUACUGCUGAUAAUUUGGAACAUUUGGAUGUUUUCUAUAGUCAGAGGUGUUAUAUUCCGGGAAUUUACCAAAUCAAAUAAAUUUGUCUUUAGCAAC